CUUGGCACCAGAAGCAGGGCUGUUUUUGUUUUUGUUUUUCCCAAGACGAAAUAAACAUUUCAUAAGUCUGUAUUUCAUCGUCACUGUAGCCAUCUAGACCUGCGUCUAAUAGGCGCUUUCUUUCUUGUACCUGUUCGUCAUGGACAACGGCACGUAUCUCGAAGAUGACGGCGAACUUCCGCCUCCAUACUCUGCAAGCGCAAAUCCAUCCGGCGGCACUUCAGCCGAGCAUCCAGACCCUCGCUCCUAUGCAUCGCUCUUCUCGUCGCACGUAGUCAAUCUUCGGACCCAAAUCUCCGCUUCGCAGGCUUACCGAGCCUCAGUCACAGAUGAUCGCGACAGCUACAUUCUAUCCAUCAUCUUCCCCUAUGUGGAAGAAUUCAUAUCGUCUAUUUCUGAAAUCUAUCCAACGCCGAGACUUGCAGAGGCAAUUCUGGUCCCCGACGCAGCGGUCAGCAAUGGCUGGAGGUUCAACGACGAGGAUGAUAAGCGAGAGGGAGAAUACAAGACGCUGAUUCGCGUUUGCGAGGCUAAGAAGAAAGAUGGCAAUGACGAGAAGAAGCAGUGGCCGUCUGAAAAGGGCGCUGGCAGCAGUCUUUUGACCAGCGAAACCAACGACGAGACCAGCCCAGCUCUGUGGUGGGAGAGCGAAAGCACGGCGCUUCGACUCGCUAAGCACUUACAGCCUCAGCGUCCUGCCGCCUCUUCUUCAACAGAUGGACAAGCCGCCAAAGACAGCAGCAGCAGCAGCAGCAGCAAAAAGUCUGGUCUCCGGGGGCUAUUUAAAAGAUCUGAAAACGUACCGCAGCAUGUUGCUUCGAAGGAAGAGAGGCCGGUGGAAAGAGUGACGAUGACUACGAGAGCAGAGGAAGUCACAUUUAGAAAGGAGAAUGAGUUUGGGAUCUGGGAGACUAGAACUGGGUGGGGAAUCAUCAUGCGGGUGAGGAUUCAUAGUUCUUGAGAAGGAUUACUUGAAGAUUUGCUGGGGCGUUAGGAGAUCAAAUAUUGUCAGCAGCUCUACAGCUCUACUAUCAAUAAUAUUCAUAAUGACUCUUUCAUUUGUUAG